UGUGUGUGUGUGUGUGUGUGUGUGUGUGUGUGUGUGUGCUUGCUCUUGUGUGCGCUUGCUCUUGUGUGUGCUGAGAGGAGAAGGGAUGACUGCCUUGUUUUUUCUUGUCGACAAAGCAACUCCCUACUAGGUGACACAAGGCAGGCCGCACACGCACCAGUGUUGUUGUCGCUUCGUGACUGCUGUUGCUGCUGCUAUUUGACCACUGCUCGCUGUUGCCCUUGGCCAUUUGCAUGUGCUAGGACAAGAUGAUGACCACAAUGUACCUGGAUCAGCUGCUGGACAGCAUGAAGGCUCUGCCGGCAGAGCUGCAGCGGUCGUUCCGCAUGAUCCGAGAGCUUGACGAGAAGAUGGCGCAGGCCAAGGCAGAGCUGGAGCGCGACUGCGCGCACUUCAAGGAGAACAUCGCCUCCCUGUCUGUUCAGGAGAGAGAAACCAAGCUCAGGGAUUUCAGGGAUCGGUUUGCAGCCUUGAAGCAGACGAGUGUCGAGAAACUACACAUUGCAGCACAGUCCUACGAGGCGGUGGAGAAGCACAUCCAGGAGGUCGACAGUGAUUUGAGCGCCUUUGAGGCGGAAGCAAGGCAGCGUAAGCGUACAUGUGUAUGUACACGUGCGCGCGCGAGCGUAUGUACCGUGUAUCACAGCACUCGUGCUUGUGUAUUGUCUGUCGAUCUGCGUUGUCGAUCAUCCUUGACAGCCCUCACCAUUCUGCUUUGGGUCAACUGUCUUGCUGCUGCAACGUCAGAGGGUACACCCGUCUUUCAUGUGCAGGAACCUGCUGGACAGUACGACCUUCCUGUCGAUCCUAACGAACCGACUUACUGCAUCUGCAACCAAGUCUCAUACGGCGAGAUGAUUGCUUGCGACUCAAACGACAAGUGCCCACUGGAGUGGUUCCACUUUGCCUGCGUGGAUCUCACCGAGCGCCCAAAGGGCAAAUGGUUCUGCCCGUUCUGCCGCGUUCCUGGCGACUUUUCCAAACGUCGCGAGCCCUUCCGAUCCACGGGCUACGAGGCCGAGGUUCUGGAAGUGUAUCGCGCCUUCCGGGAGCGCAUCGCCUUCCGCAAUCGAUGUAUCUGCCUUUUGAGUCCGGGCUGCGGAGCCGAACACGCCGCUCUCGGGGCCGCGCUACCGGAGGCGUUUCCAAGUCCCUUUAGAGGCGGAACAACAAACGAUGACUGUGGCAGUGGACUGCUGUUGUUGUGUGUGCUCGCGGCGGUGGUGCUGUGCACAUGCAGUGCUGCUGCUUCAGCUGCUGAUGGGGCGACAGAAACAAGCAAUGCUCAGCGACCAAACAUCAUCAUCGUGCUCACGGACGAUCAAGAUGCACUGCUUAACUCCACCAUGUUUAUGCCCAAGCUCAAACACCACGUGAUCGAGCAGGGCAUCACUUUUGCCUUUGGCCUCGCCAACUCGCCAGUGUGUUGCCCUUCGCGCAGCUCGUUGCUGUCAGGCCGGUACAUCCACAAUCACGGCGCCGUGAACAACUCCGUUGCCGGCAACUGCUACGGAGAGAAGUGGAUCCAGGAAACAGAGAAGGACGCGCUGGCCGUGCACAUGAACAAGGCUGGCUACCGCUCGCUGUACGGUGGAAAGUACCUCAACCUGUACUACGGACCCUCCAACCCUCCAGGCUGGACCGAGUGGUUUGGCCUCUACGGCAACAGCCGGUACUACAACUACACCAUCAAGGACAACGACAAGACAGUCAAGUUUGGCGACAAAUACGACACGGAUUAUCUGACCGAUGUUCUUGCGCGCCGCGCCGUCCGAUUCAUCAACGAAAGCGCAGCCGCCGACGAGCCCUUCUUCCUCUGGCUUGGCACACCCUCUGCACACGCGUCGUUCACGCCGGCGCCACAGUACGAGAACACCGUCACGGGCAUCAAGGCCCCGCGCACGCCAAACUACAACAAGGUGUACGCUGACCGCCACCGCCCUGUUCGCGACCUCUCACCAAUGACAGACGAGCAAAUCAGGCAGAGCGACGAAAUUUACCGCAAACGCCUUGAAACGCUGCGCUCCGUGGACGAUCUCGUGGGCGACAUCUUCGACACACUCGCUGCAACGAAUCAGCUCAGCAACACAUGGUUCUUCUUCACGGGCGAUCAUGGCUUUCAUCUCGGCCAAUUUGCAAUGGGAUUCGACAAGCGGCAGUUGUACGACACAGACAUCCGCGUGCCGUAUUUCGUGCGCGGCCCCGGUGCCGCUGCCAACACGACGCGUUACGAGCCCAUCAGCCACGUCGACCUCGCUCCGACCGUCAUCGACAUUGCUGCCGACAGUGGUGUGCCGAGCAACUGGGACGGGCGCUCCUACAAGCAGCUGCUGCUCGACCCACACGCAACCUGGAAGGCAGACAACGUCAUCCAGUACUUUGGCGAGGGCAAGACCACGGAGUCGUGCGGCGCAAACAUCCUGCAGUAUCAGGCCGACAACAACACGUGCUGGCGCGUUGGCAGCUACAUCCCGGCUCCCUGCGAUGGCGUGAACAACACGUACACGUGCAUUCGCCGCGUGUCGGAUGAUCUGUCCACCAACGACAUCUUCUGCACAUUUGAAUGCUUUGAUGACGCAAGGCGCGUUGUGCCGUGUCCCGCCAACCAGGCUGGCGGUUAUGGGGAGUACUACGACUUGCGGACGGAUCCGUGGCAAACCGUCAACCUGGCACUCAACAUCUCAACGGCCCAACGCCGCGCGUUCAUUGAUCAGAUCAACGCGCUGAAGCACUGCAAAGGGCAGGCAGAGUGCCAGCGGACACUGUCGUGGAACAACUGA